CCGAUGUCGAUGGUCGUGUAUAACCUUCGUUGACAACUGUUUGUCAACAAGAUGACAUUAAUCGAAUAUAGUUGCUAAGCGUUUAAUUGCAGCAUUUUGACAGAUAAUCAUUGAGCUUUCUAAAAAAAUCAAUCAGCUGUGAAAUUUACACAUAUCGUUACAAAAUAUCUAUGAAAUUUUGAUACUAUGUUAAAUAAGUGUAAUAUAUGAUUACACUAUCUGUCAGAAAAAUUUAGCAUCAAUUGAAACCUUGUGUAGUUCUGUAUAAAUUACGAAAGAAAAAUGUUGAAUCGUUUUAAAUCAGUAUUAAUGAGUGCUGUAGGCGCAAGUGAGCUAGGCCUACAGUACCCUAAUGAUUCGGAUAAUGAUAUGAUGACAGAUUACAUUAACUCUAAUUAUGUCAUGGAAGUAGAAAACAAACCUUAUAGCCGUCCAAGUUUUCUAGGGUUGACAGCUGAAGAGACACAGGUGAGCGCAGAUCACAGAGUAAGGCCUAUAAUAGUUCCUAGAGAUCUUAGUCGUUUGCCAUGGUGCGCUGGCUAUGCAGAAUGUAUAAAUGCUGGAAAGAGUACUUGGAAUGAGGACCAAGCUUCUGCAACACGUGGAGAUCUAAAAUUGUCGGAUGUUAAUGUCACACUGCCUUAUGUCAUGUUUUCAAUGUUUGAUGGUCAUGCAGGGUAUCAAGUUGCUCUUACAGCAAGAUUACAGCUACAUAGAAUAAUUCUUGAAAGAUUAUUGGCUAUACCAGCUAAUAUGCUAUUGAAUGAAGAUGAAAACGAGUUGAUAAAGGGCAGAGACCUAGUUACAGGUGCUAUAGAAUUAGCAUAUAGACAAAUGGAUCAAAUGGUAGAGGUACAAGCUCAAAAUGGUGGUGGUGGUUGUACAGCUAUUACAAUUCUAUUUCUUAAUGGAAGGCUGUAUGCAGCAGGAGCUGGUGAUUCCAGGGCUGUGUUAGUUUUGGGAGAGGAACAACGUGCUCUCACCAGAGAUCAUACUCCAGAUUCCGAAUCAAAUCGCGUUAGAGCUUUAGGUUUUCUCAGACACAAUGAGUUGCUUAAAGGUCAUUUUACUCCACUAGAAUUUAAAAAGAGACCAUUACAAAAAGAAUUGGGAUCUAUGGUUUUGUACCGAGAGCCUUUUAUGACAGGUUGGGCAUAUAAAACCUUAACGCACCCAGACUUAAAGUUACCGCUUAUUUCAGGACAUGGAAAGAGGAGCAGAGUAAUGGGAACAAUAGGCGUGACUAGAGGUUUUGGAGACCAUGGUUUAAAAGCGGCGAAUACUGGGGUUAAUAUUAAACCAUUUUUAUCAUCACAACCUGAAGUGCAGUCUCUGGAUUUGGACAGUUGCAAUCUUACUGAAAGAGAUUGCAUUAUUGUCGCUACGGAUGGGCUCUGGGAUGUAGUAUCGGACAAAACAGCGGCAGCAAUACUUAGAAAGACACUAGCACCUGAUACUCCAUCAUUAGAAUAUAGACUGACAAUGGGUGCUCAAGAAUUAGUGCAAGCGGCGAGAGGUCGCUUAAUCGGCAGAGUUUGGAUGGGAAAACCCGAGAAUCCUAACGAAACAGAUGAAAAAUCCUCACCUAUAGCAUCGGUGGACGAUAUUAGUGUGUUAGUAGUACCUUUAUAUCCUUAUUUAUGCGAACAUAAACAGUGGCUAAAAACGACACAGCAAGAACGAAAAUAUGCUGCUGAUUCCCUAACGACAAUAUGUUUUGAUUAUCCUGUAUCUAACAGAUCAGCUGAUAAUCCUGCAUAAUGAAUCAUUACAAUUAUCCAAUCAGAUCUGAUUUCAUCUAAUUUACAAUAUGAAAUAAGAAAACGACGUUAUUAUUAUCCAAUGUGCAGCAUUACUAUAAUAACUCAUCACAAAUUCCUAAUUGUUUAUUUAGCUCUAGAAUAAUUAGCAAUAUUUAGGUGCACAACAGUGCUGCAUAUAUAUUUCAUAGUUUCUCUUUCUGAAAUUUUAAAUUGCAUACUGCCACUGUAUUUUAACUACAAAAAAUGGCUAUGUUCUUAUUUAAACAAACAUUCCACUAUAUUAUAUUUUACAUAACAUAAAAUAUGUAUAAUAUUUUGAGGCCGUUGAUACGAGCGUAUAUAAACAUCUCAUAUAUAAGCACCAAUUUCUAGACUGUCAUUUAUUAUGUAAUUAAUAUAUAGACUAUAGGCAGUGUAACAUAUUAACAAAAUAUCGAAAUAUUUUUUAUAUUGCUUUUGAGGCAAAUAUGUGUUACCAUUCGACAUUUUAGAUGCUUUAUGAUGUCUUAUCUACUCAUUAUUAUGUUAAAAAUAUUAACCCUGGUUGCUCAAACACACAGUAUGUAUAUAUAAUAUAUAUGCUGAAAGAAUAUGUUGAGAACUUUGAAGAGAAGGCAAGUAAAAUUUUAAGUAUAUAAUAAAUUAAGACUUCUUUUGUUAACAUUAUUCAUGUUGAUUAAUUAUAAUGAAUUUUAAUUUUAUUAUUAGCAAUAAUUUUGCGAAUAUGUAUAAUGUUAGCAUAAUGCAGCCAAAGGGUUAACACAUAAUUGUAAGUAUGACAUAAAUGAUCAAUGUGUAUGUAUGUGUAAGAAAUUGUAUAUAAAUAGAGAAAAAGCAUUACUCUAUCUUAUUUGCAAUGUAUAACUAUGAUAAUAAGCAGAAUUUAUGAGAUUAUAUUAUGUAGCCUAUAUAGUUAGAAUAAUUCUUGUAGUUAUAAUAUUAA